UACAGGUUCAGAUCUCUCAUCGGCCCCCACUCCAUUAGUCCAUUUCCAUUCCCAUCCCGACCCCGUCUUGCCACCGGCUACACGCUCUCGGAGUCUCGGACGCCGCCCAAAUGGAGGCCAUCCGGAAGCAGGCCUCAAAGCUCCGGGAGCAGGUAGCUCGGCAGCAGCAGGCGGUGAUGAAGCAGUUCGGGGGCGGGUACGGCGCAGACGGCGUGUUCGCUGACGAGGCUGAGGCGCAACAGCACUCCAAGCUCGAGAAACUCUACAUCUCUACGCGCGCGGCCAAGCACUUCCAAAGGGAUAUAGUUCGGGGCGUCGAGGGCUACAUAGUCACGGGGUCGAAGCAAGUCGAGAUCGGUGGACAGCUGAAACCCUGUUGCCAUUUCGGUGAACACAUAAAUUUGAAUUUCGAAAUUGUUAAUUUAAUGUGCUUUGUGUUAAUAGGGAACAAGUUAUGUGAGGAUGGGAAGAAGUAUGGCACUGAGAACACUUGUACCAGUGGUAGCACACUGUCGAAGGCGGCAUUAAGUUUUGCUAAGGCACGGUCCAUGAUGGAAAAGGAAAGGGGUAACCUGCUGAAAGCCCUUGGCACACAGGUUGCAGAACCACUGAGAGCUAUGGUUAUGGGAGCUCCUUUGGAGGAUGCCCGCCACCUCGCCCAAAGGUACGACAGAAUGCGUCAAGAAGCUGAAGCGCAGGCUAUUGAAGUUUCAAAACGCCAAAUGAAACUAAGAGAAGCAUCUGGAAAUAGUGAUAUGAUUUCAAGGCUAGAAGCGGCUGAGUCAAAGCUGCAGGAGUUGAAAUCAAAUAUGGGGGUUUUGGGCAAAGAAGCUUUGGCCGCAAUGACUGCCGUUGAAGGCCAACAGCAAAGACUGACACUGCAGCGUCUUAUUGCAUUGGUUGAAUCAGAGAGAAACUACCACCAAAAGGUCCUACAAAUUCUUGAUCAACUUGAGAGAGAGAUGGUAUCUGAGCGCCAAAGAAUUGAAGGGGCACCUCCUCCGGUGGUUGAGAGUUCCAUGCCUCCACCGCCUGCAUAUGAAGAAGUCAAUGGUAUAUUCAUGAGGAAUACGGUCGCAGAGUUGGUCGAGACCGUGGAGUAUUUCCUGGCUGAGGCAAUCCAAUCAUAUCGAGCAGAGAGCGACACUGAGCUCAACCUUUCAGCUGGUGACUACAUAGUGGUCCGAAAGGUGUCGAACAAUGGAUGGGCCGAAGGUGAAUGCAGGGGGAGAGCUGGCUGGUUCCCCUACGACUACAUCGAGAAACGAGAGCGUGUGCUUGCAAGUAAAGUCGCGCAAGUUUUCUAAAACUUUUGCUGAGACAUCCAUAUAUUCCCGGGGAUGUGCAAUGUGUAUUAUGCUUGAUCGUCAGAAGAGAAGAUCUGUAAUUUUGCUGGAAGCUGCCUGUUGGAUGGCUUGUUCCUGCCUGGCCGUCUGCAUUGUUCAAAUUCAUGUGGCAGGAACUGAACAUUAUUAAUGCUUAAUCUUCAUUCUUCAGUUAUCCCGUUAAUAUGUAUCCAUACUUUUUGUUUGUUUGUUUGAAGCAUACAACAAGACGAGAAAUCAAGCGCUAAUUAUUCUGUAUCGACAACAAGAUUUAUUUGAAAUCGAUUCUUAAUGCGAG